GUAAAAAGCAUAUUAAAAGCAGUCACACAUCUCAUUCCGCGGCCACACAUACAAAUACACAUUUACAUACACAUUGAGGCAUUGUGUUUGGGAUUAUGGCUUCCACCACCUCGGCAGAUGUUCUGCCCACCGGCGGCAGGAUCUUCACCAGCAUCCCCGACUUGUUCUUCAUCCCGGAGUUUGUGUUUGGAGGUCUGGUGUGGAUCCUGGUGGCGUCCACUCGCGUGUAUCCGGACCAUCCGUUGGGUUGGGUCAUGUUUGUGUCCGUCUUUUGCUUCGUCUUCACCACGCUUUGGUUCUUCCUCUUCCUGUGCGGAGCCAAUCAGAGCAGCAUCUGGCCAGCUCUCGAUACGUUCUACCAUUUCUUGGCGGUGGUGUUCUACUUGAGCGCGUCGGUGAUCUUGGCGUAUAUCACUGUGCUGAAAGGCUGGGGAAUCACCAUCAACUCGGGCGGCACUGUGUCGCUUGUGCCCCUCAUCCGAGAAGGCCUCAAGAUCUACAGGCUGGAUAUCGCCGCUGUGGUGAUGUCAUACUUGGCCACGCUCCUCUACUUCCUGCAUGCCAUCUUCUCCGCCAUCCGCUGGCAGAGAGCCUAAAGGGGAACCC